GACCCGGAAUUGGAUUCUUCAAGAUUGAAACCGUUGAAAAUCGGCCAUAAACUCUGAUUUUUUGCUGAAAUGGAUGAUUUCGAUCCAUAACCCGAACCGGGCCGUGAUCAAAAGUAGUAACUGCCCCAGGGCAUCCCGAGUUCUAGAUUUUCUUCGUAUUUUUUUUCCGGUACAUUUUGGUGCUAUCCCAGUGGGAGCAGAGACGAGCUAGGUGAAGAAGAUGGAUCCCUGCGUUUACAAAGACCCCCAUGCGCCUGUAGAGGCUCGUGUCAAAGACCUUCUUUCAAGAAUGACGUUAAAAGAGAAGAUUGCCCAGAUGACCCAAAUUGAGCGCAGCUUUGCCUCUCCCUACUAUCUCAGAGACUUCGCUAUUGGGAGUAUACUUAGCGUUGGAGGUAGUGCACCCUUUAAGAAUGCUUUGUCCUCUGACUGGGCGGAUAUGGUUGAUGGGUUUCAAAAGCUGGCACUUGAUUCACGGCUAGGUAUACCAAUUAUAUAUGGGAUUGAUGCUGUCCAUGGUAAUAAUGGUGUCUAUGGUACCACCAUUUUUCCUCACAAUGUUAGCCUUGGAGCCACCAGAGACGCAGAUUUGAUACAAAGGAUAGGCAUUGCAACAGCGCUCGAAGUUAGGGCAAGUGGCAUUCAUUAUACUUUUGCACCCUGUGUGGCUGUAUGCAAAGAUCCCCGGUGGGGAAGAUGCUAUGAGAGUUACAGUGAAGACACAGAGAUAGUUAGAAAGAUGACCUCUACCAUCGCAGGUUUGCAGGGGAAGCCUCCUGAAGGACACCCAAAUGGCUAUCCUUUUGUAGCUGGAAGGAACAAUGUUAUUGCCUGUGCUAAGCAUUUUGUGGGAGAUGGAGGCACCUACAAAGGUAUAAAUGAGGGGAAUACUGUAAUGUCAUAUGAAGAUCUAGAAAGGGUCCACAUGGCACCCUAUCUAGACUGUAUUUCGCAGGGUGUUUCCACAAUUAUGGCAUCCUAUUCUAGUUGGAAUGGACAUCAACUGCAUGCUCACCGUUUUCUUCUGACAGAGGUUUUAAAAGAUAAGUUAGGUUUUCAGGGUUUUGUGAUUUCUGACUGGGAAGGAUUGAACCGACUUAGCAAUCCUCAUGGCUCAAACUAUAGUAACUGCAUUUCUUCUGCUGUUAAUGCUGGAAUUGACAUGGUGAUGGUGGGUCUUAAACAUGAACAAUUUGUGGAUGACCUGAUGUUUCUGGUGGAAUCAGGAGAGAUACCAAUGGCCAGAAUUGAUGAUGCAGUUGAGCGAAUACUGAGAGUAAAGUUUGUUGCUGGUCUUUUUGAAUAUCCCUUUGCAGAUAGAUCUUUAAUAGAUUUGGUUGGUUGCAAGAUGCAUAGAGAACUAGCACGUGAAGCAGUUCGCAAGUCUUUAGUUCUCUUGAAAAAUGGGAAGGAUCCAAGGAAACCUUUUCUUCCAUUAGAUAAAAAUGCUAAGAAGAUUCUUGUUGUUGGAACACAUGCUGAUGAUCUUGGAUAUCAGUGUGGAGGGUGGACAAUAACUUGGUAUGGAGGAAGUGGCAAGAUUACUAUUGGGACUACUAUCUUGGAUGCUAUAAAAAAUGCAGUGGGAGGAGAAACAGAAGUGAUUCAUGAGAAAUAUCCAUCUCCAGACACUUUAGCACGCCAAGAUCUUUCUUAUGCCAUUGUAGCUGUUGGUGAAGAUCCAUAUGCAGAAUUCACUGGUGAUAAUUCAGAGCUCAGGAUACCCUUCAAUGGAGCGGAUAUUAUUACCUCAGUAGCUGAUAGAAUCCCCACCUUGGCAAUUUUGAUAUCUGGAAGACCUUUAGUUUUAGAGGCAUGUCUCUUAGAAAAAAUUGAUGCUUUUGUAGCUGCUUGGUUGCCUGGAACUGAAGGAGCAGGAGUCAUAGAUGUUAUAUAUGGAGACUAUGGAUUUAAGGGCAAACUGCCAGUGACAUGGUUUAAGAAGGUUGAACAGCUGCCUAUGAAUAAUGGGGAUAACUCGUACGAUCCUUUAUUUCCCCUUGGUUUUGGGUUGACAUACAAUGAGGAGAAAUCUUUAGACUGAAUUACUCGGAGAUUAAGGCUGGCCCAAGGUCCAAGUUUCUUGAAUAAAUGGCUGCAAGAUGCUACAUAAGUUAAUGCAUCUAUUACAGUGUUUUUCUCAUUAUAUCCUACAAGUGUGGAUUUGUUUUUCACAAUCCACUUCAAUUAGUGACAAUUGUGUCAUCUUUGUAUGGGUUGUUCUUGUCCAAGUUGAUUCAUGGUUAGUUGAAUAUAGAUGAUCAACUUGGUAGUUAAGUAAAGAUAGUCAAGCUGGUAACUGUCAGUUAUGUAUUUGAGUAUGUGCAGAGAUGCAUAGGAUCGCCCUAUUGCAGAAAGGUGUACAUCUAUCAGGAAAAAAAAAUGUUCUGAAGACAGCAGUAUCAGAUUCCAACCAGUAUUAUUGAUCAUGGUAUGUCCCCUUUAUUAUACCAUUUUAUCUUUUCCAAA